GGAGAGGGAAGCCAAAUUCAGUUGUAAAAUAUUUAGCAAAGAGUAAACUUUACUAGAUUUUGUUUUUUCGUUUGCUCUGAUUUUACCAAUUACCAGAUUAGAAAAGGAAAAAGAGGAACUCUUUCUUUAGGGGUGAGAAAGCAAAUGGACCACCCAAUUAUUCUUGAAAAAACCCAACAGGUGAUAUCCAGUGUAUGUUGAUUCUUUUCUGUCCCUCUUUUCCUUAUCUAUCAGUUUCUUGAUUACUUCAUGUUAAGAAUAUAUCUAUGAUUCAAUUCUUUGGUUCCAUCGUCUUCAGUCUGCGUUAUCCUUGUUCCUGCUGAAAAAUACUGUUUAUCCAUUUGGUUAGGUUUGUGUGAUGAAAAUUUAGCCAACCCAGAUAUUUGAUUGUUGUUCUCUGUGCAAAGAGAAGUGAAUAGAGGCUUGUAUUAAGAAUUUCAUAUUUUGUGGAGAGUAUAUUUGAUUAGGCUUCAGUAGCAAAAAAACUAUUUAUCUCUGUCCAUGGCAGUUCUUGUAAAUUCAGUGUCUCCUAUUGCACACCCAUCACCAGAAAGUACUAGAAACAGUUGUAGGUUCUUUUCCCACAUCAGGAAUCUCCAACCACUUUCGCUCAGCAAGGGAUUUUCUAGAGUUUUGGCAACUACCCAGAUCACCAUUUCUCCAAAGGACACUGUUUUCACCUUACCCAACUGGAGGGUUGCCAAGAAUAACAGAAGAAGUAGGGAAGUCAGACUAAUUGAUGCCUUUCUGCACUUAGAGUCUAUGGUAGGGAAGGGCCAAAAGCCUGAUGUGGCUCAAGCAACUCAGCUCUUAUAUGACCUUUGCAAGGCAAAUAAGAUGAGAAAAGCUGUCAGGGUGAUUGAAAUGAUGGUUUCUGCAGGCAUUAUACCUGAUGCAGCUUCUUAUACAUUAUUGGUGAAUUAUUUGUGUAAAAGAGGUAACAUUGGGUAUGCAAUGCAGUUGGUUGAAAAAAUGGAGGAGUAUGGCUAUCCAACCAAUACCAUUACCUAUAAUUCGCUUGUUAGAGGGCUUUGUGUGCGUGGAAACUUGAACCAAAGCUUGCAGCUUUUGGAUAGACUGAUACAGAAGGGGCUGGUCCCAAAUGUUUAUACCUACUCCUUCUUGCUUGAAGCUGCUUAUAAGGAAAGAGGGGUCAAUGAAGCCAUGAAGCUCCUGCAAGAGAUAAUUGCUAAAGGUGGAAAGCCUAAUUUGGUCAGUUACAAUGUUUUGUUAACUGGGUUGUGCAAGGAAGGUAGGACUGACGAGGCUUUGCGGUUCUUCAGGAAUUUGCCUUCGAUGGGGUUUGAUCCGAAUGUUGUGAGUUAUAACAUUGUACUGAGGAGCUUGUGUUAUGAGGGUAGGUGGGAAGAGGCAAAUGAGCUUCUGUCUGAGAUGGAAGGUGAGGAUCGGUCUCCUUCCAUAGUUACAUAUAAUAUCUUAAUUGGUUCACUUGCACUUCAUGGUAGAACUGAACAUGCUCUUGAAGUUUUGGAUGAAAUGGUGAGAGGUCGGUUCAAGCCUACUGCUGCCAGCUACAAUCCCAUAAUUGCUCAUCUCUGUAAAGAGAGGAAGGUGGAUAGUGUGAUUAAGUGUCUAGACCAAAUGAUUCAUCGGCGAUGUAAUCCUAAUGAGGGAACAUUCAAUGCUAUUGCCGUGCUCUGUGAGGAAGGGAUGGUGCAGGAGGCAUUCUCUAUAAUUCAGAGCCUCGCUAACAAACAAAAGUGCUCCACCAACGAGUUCUACAAAAACGUAAUUACAAGCUUGUGUAGGAAAGGGAACACCUUCCCAGCGUUUCAGAUUUUAUAUGAAAUGACCAAGCGUGGUUUCACUCCAGAUUCUUAUACGUAUUCAUCCUUGAUCAGAGGGUUGUGUUUGGAGGGUAUGCUAGAUGAGGCCAUGGAGAUUUUCAAGGUAAUGGAAGAAAACAACAUUAGGCCUGAUACCGACAAUUUCAAUGCCCUUGUACUCGGCUUCUGCAAAUCUCGAAGAACAGAUUUGUCCUUGCAGGUUUUCGAGAUGAUGAUUGAGAAAGGGCGUAUGCCUAAUGAAAUGACCUAUACCAUUCUCGUGGAAGGGAUUGCACAUGAAGGAGAACUGGAGCUGGCAGCCAAAGUUUUGAAAGAGUUGCACCUGAGACAUGUUAUGAGUCCGAAUACAGUGGAAAGACUUGUUAUGCAGUAUGACUUUGAGGAUUUACCAGUAUAGAAAUAUGGGGGUAAACAAAAAGAAAUGCUAUUAAAGGAGAGCAAUAGCAAGCAAGAUUAAAGACCAAGUCAUUUCUAGGACCAAGAAGUUUUAGCAACUCAGUUCGAGAAGGCUGUUCAAUCAUUUGUUUUGUAGACGGACAGAUCGAUGAGGGAAGGGGGGAAAAUGGAUAGAAAAGGCCCUCCUUUGAAUAUUGAUAUAUUCAGACUUCGGAACUGGGCAAAGAACAAGUUCAAGACAGAAGCUUUGCUCUAUACCUUUACUUUAUUUGGAGAGAACUUGUAUUUCAAUUUUGUUCUGUAAAUUAAGUCUAACAAUUUGUUUUCAGAUUUGGUGGUUCAGCUUCUUCCUUAAACUGAUGUAAACGCCGUUCUUUUUUUGUGUUCAUUGCUAGUCACUUACUCAAAAUACAUGUUAGUAUCA